ACUGCUGCUCGGCCUGAUUCGUCCUGCGGCUUUGGGGCUCGUCUUCCCGCCCUCGCUCCAGGGUUUGACUCCGCUUUCUCUCGUUGGUCUCGCAGUGUUCGCCGCCGCCAUGAAUGGUUUCCGGGACAGCAGAAUCGAGGAGGGCACCUUCCUCUUCACCUCAGAGUCGGUGGGGGAAGGGCAUCCAGAUAAGAUCUGUGAUCAAAUUAGUGAUGCUGUCCUUGAUGCACAUCUGAAACAAGAUCCAAAUGCCAAAGUUGCAUGCGAAACUGCUGCAAAGACAGGAAUGAUUCUCCUGGCUGGGGAGAUCACAUCCACUGCCGCGGUUGACUAUCAGAAAAUUGUUCGUGAGACAAUCAAGCACAUUGGCUAUGACGAUUCUUCAAAAGGUUUUGACUACAAAACUUGCAACGUGUUGGUUGCUCUAGAGCAGCAGUCUCCUGACAUAGCUCAGGGUGUGCAUCUUGACAGGAAGGAAGAAGACAUCGGUGCUGGGGAUCAGGGUUUGAUGUUUGGUUAUGCUACUGAUGAGACGGAUGAGUGCAUGCCCCUGACCCUCCUCCUAGCACACCAGCUGAAUGCAAAACUGGCAGAACUCCGUCGCAACCACAUUUUGACUUGGCUGCGGCCAGAUUCUAAGACUCAGGUGACUGUUCAGUACAAACAGGACCGUGGUGCCGUAAUUCCCAUCAGAGUCCACACCAUUGUCAUUUCCGUCCAGCACGAUGACCGAAUUGGGCUGGAUGAGAUGAGAGAUGCCCUGAAGGAGAAAGUGGUCAGAGCUGUUGUGCCUGCAAAAUACUUGGAUGAUGACACCAUUUAUCAUCUGCAGCCUAGUGGCCGAUUUGUGAUUGGUGGCCCCCAGGGAGAUGCUGGUUUGACUGGGCGGAAGAUCAUUGUUGACACUUACGGUGGUUGGGGAGCCCAUGGAGGAGGUGCUUUCUCUGGUAAAGACUACACAAAGGUUGACCGCUCGGCUUCUUACGCUGCUCGCUGGGUUGCCAAAUCCCUUGUAAAGUCUGGCCUGUGUCGGCGAGUGCUUGUCCAGGUCUCUUAUGCCAUUGGAGUGGCCCAUCCCAUAUCAGUCUCUAUUUUCCAUUAUGGCACCUCUCAAAAAACAGAGCACGAAUUGCUGGACAUUGUGAAGAAGAACUUUGAUCUUCGCCCAGGGGUCAUUGUCAGGGAUCUGGAUCUGAAGAAGCCCAUUUAUCAGAAGACUGCAGCCUAUGGUCACUUUGGUAGGAACAACUUCCCCUGGGAAGUCCCCAAAAAGCUUAAAUACUGAAUAUGUUGGGCUUCUUUCCCCAGACCUGUUGGUGUACAUUACAGAGAAACCUCCAGGCUCCUUGUGGGAAAGAGCCCUGAUCCCUCAAUUGGUCCUAUCCUCUGCUCUUAACUUGGCACACUGUUCAUUACCAUGAAUAUCAGUCCUCUGGGGACCGCAAAUUGCACUGUGCUUUCUCCUCUGCCUGAUGUGCUUGACGUACAAGUAGCACCAGUUGAACGUAGGCACAAUACGAAAUCCGUGGAGAAGAAAGGCUGUAAUCAAAACAGUGCUCCGGCCUAACCUUUUGCAUUGCCCAAAGGCUAAGCUUACCGUCAAAAAACAAAACGAAACCCCAAGAAACUUCCCUUGUGAUGUGUACACAGUCUGGUUUCAUCUCCUCAGCCCAGACGCUUAGAGCAGGGUGGUGCAGUGACUGAUUUUGGGGAAUGUCGAGGCCGCCCCCUCCACUGAUUUCUUAGGGGCAGCAGUUGCCUAAGCAGAGAGCUUGCAUGCUACGCAACUCCUGUUUGGAGCUCCAGUACAGUUCUGCCGAAGUUUCUGAAUGGAGGCAGUCCUGGGUCUGUGCUCUUAAAUUCAGUCAGCGCCAUGUUGGAAUCCUUUUCUGCUCUGUUUUCUUCGGGGUUCAACAUAAUUUUUUUUAAUCCUAUGCAGUUUUAGCACUAGCCAGACCUCAUUCCACUUUAUCAAAUGGGCACCGGCUAAUCUUGGUAUAAUAUAGAGAGGUCACAGGAUUGUACCCAGGAUCUGUAGGCUGCACACUUCACUUUUGGCACCUGGAAUUUUUUUUUGGUGGUUAGAGCCAAGAACUUCAUGUUGCACAAAAUUCCCAGUUUACUUUCAAAGUCAAGUCCAAACUGCAUUCUGAAGUACUGGUGUAGCUACAGAGAAGCCAGUCCCCUUCAGAGCACACGUGCAAUUGGGAAGGUCGUGGGAAGACACCUACAUACUUGAAACUUUUUAAUAAUUGCUUAUUUAUUGUGUUUGGGAUGGGGUGUGAGUACAGAGAAACCCUUGUCUCAAAUGGCAGCUUUUAAACUUUAUUUUGACACCAUGAAUUCCUUGACAGUUCCCAGCAUUCCCUGGUAGGCCAAGGUGUCCUACAGAAAAGCCUUGGGUGUAACCUACAGGGGGUCUGGCUUGUGUAAAACAGGGGAGGGCAGUGCUGGGGGGGACUGACCUUGGGAGAGGCUAACUUGGCUGGUGUUGUACAGAGAAGCCAGCUUGUUUACUUGCCCAUCCGAUGGCCAGUAUCCUAAACAGGAAGUGCCUUUUGCGUUCCACUUUUUUUUUUUUCCCUGGGUGUUUAUUACAUCUGUCUGGUUCUUGAAAUUCCACAUUAAAAUCUUUAAUAAAGUGCUAGGUUCUGUCUUAAACAA